AUGGCGCAAAAGAUGGCUGAUUGGUCGAAAUUGCCACUUGAUAUGUUGGUUUCGAUAGGUAGAUGUUUGAAUCUGAUUGAAGACUACCUAAAUUUUGGGUGUGUCUGCAAAUCCUGGCACUCUGUGGCCACCAAGGCCAAUUUUAACAAUGACCUGUGUAGAGCUCCUUGGCUGAUGCUAGCGGAGGAAGAGGAUAAUGAGGUUCGGAAAUUCUUCAGCCUCUAUAAUGGCAUGAUUUUGAACAAGAGGAUUCCCAAAGCUAGCAGAAAACGAUGUUUGGAGUCUAUGGGUUGGCUUAUCACGGUAGGAGAAGAGGGUGAAAUUAGUCUGCUACAUCCCUUCUCUGAUGUUCAGAUUGAAUUGCCCCAUCAAAAUACCACAGUAGAGUACAAUGAACAUCAGACUGGCUCACUGACUUGCUUUAUUGGCAAGGCAGUUUUGUCAGCUAGUCCUUCUCACACAUCCAACUACCUUCUCAUGGUCAUUGAUGGAGGCUCGAGGUUCCUCAGUUUUUGGAGACCUGGAGAUAUUAGAUGGACUAGAGUUACAUGGGAAGGAAUCAAUUACAGUUCUUUUGCUGAUUUGAUAUAUUUUAAUGGCCAAAUUUAUGCCGUGGAUUAUUCGGGUAAUCUCCUAGUUUGUAAUGUUGCUGAUGUUGUUAGCCCUAAACUUACUAAAUGUCAUAUCAUACCAUCUCAACCUCAUGAACAUAUUCCAGAGCACUUAUACAUCCUAGAAUCACUAGGAUCAUUAUUUGUAGUUGUGCGAUAUGGUGUUCACUUUAGGCUUGUCCAAGAUGAUUGGGACAUGAUUCCAUUAACGCUCGUUCCAAGACCUUAUCACGUUGGGGUGGAGGUAACAUAUGGCACAAGAUAUUUUCGAGUUUCCCGGGUUGAUUUAGCUGCUUCCAAAAUGACGGAAACCAAGGAAUUAGGGGACGCAGCUUUUUUUCUAGGUGCUAAUGCUUCUCUUUCAGUCCAAGCUUCUCGAUAUCCAGGAAUCAAGCCCAAUCAUAUUUAUUUUACAGAUGAUUUUUAUGAAACAUACAUGUCCUAUGAAGAAGGAGGAGGCUUGGACAUGGGGGUGUUCAACUUAGCAGAUGGCAGCAUCCAGCCGCAUUACAACGAUGUUUCCCUGAGUCGUUUUUGUCCUCCAACUUGGGUAACACCAACUCCGUAUUGA